AUGAACCUCAAUCACGAUCGGAACCACACGAUGGAGGGACAAGAUAUCUUGACAUGGCGUCCGCAAGCAACAUCUACUUCCAAUAUGUCAGCGACUGGUGAUGAAGAUAUAAUACCUGGAGACGUCGAUGAACCUCCUGAACUACAACCAAAAGAAUUUACAAAAGCUGCCAUUCGUCCUCCAAAUGAUCGAACGGUAUCUCUCCUUACGAGGGCUUUGAAGAGCCCGGAAUCCGAGGCACAAAAACCUGAUAUACAUAUUACCACCGACUCAAUGCGCCGACGAUCCUUGAUAAGCCAAGCAAGUCUUGCAUCUACUGCCGAACUUACUAGCGAUGGAGGUUUCACAAGUCCUACCCGCACAAAUACACCUAGUCCACCAUUUCCAAAUACAUCAUACUAUUCGAUGAGUCGAAAACCAACUUACGCUCCACCGACUCCGGUCACAUCUCAUGAAGCGGCGGAUCCGAUCAUUGCGGUUCACACGGAAACACUCAAUGUUUCGCCGAAAGCAACACCAGUGGUACAUCUCGAAGCUGCCCCAAAGAAACGUUGUAUUAGUUUCGCUUGCGAUGCGCGAAAGGACCCCGCUCCUAAGGCGGCGGUAUUUGCCGUCGCGAAACCGCUAGAACUCGCAGCUCCUAUUGUCGAAGCUCCAAAGCGUACAAGUACCAUCAAAUUUGCUUGUCCUUUUAAGCCUACGGAAAAAAAUGUCGAAAAGGCUGUAGAGAAGGUGGAACCUACCGAAAAGGUAUUUUUGUCGAGAAUCGCUCUCGCGCUCGGUACCCCGCCAGCACGAAAACGCAUCUCGAGUCGGUCACCAUCUAUUACGAGAAAGCCCAGACCUACUCCUUUAUCUGCUAUUCGCCCACAUCGUGAAUCCACAGGGACUAUAAGACGUGCAUCUCAAAGUCCUGUUGCACUCAGAUGCAAGCCAAAGUAUGUCAUUGCUGGUGAAAAGGAUUUACAAUCUGAAGCCGCCCGAUUCCACGAAUUUUGCAGUGAAGGUUUCGAAGAGGAUGAUUGGAUUCGCAAAGAUGAAGAGGUACCAAAGGCGAAGAUUACCAUUAAUGACACCCUUGCGAAGGAGAUCAAAUUCCGGAAACUAGGAUCUGAAGCCGAGGAGGAGGCAUUAGAAGAUGAUGAAGAUGAUUCUGAAGAUGGAAACGACUCGGAUAAUGAUGAUGGUUCCGAUGAAGAACAUGAUGAUGAAGAUGAUGAGACUGAUCAGGUUGAUUCUGAAGAAGAUUCGGACGGAAAUGAGACAGAUAACGAAGCUGGUUUCGCCGAUUCUGAUGACGAGGAUGAUACCGAGGGUGACUUCGCUUUCUGGACUCCUGGUAGAUUCGAAAAUGCAAGGAUUCCAAUUCCAAAUGCUGAAGUUAGCACUUAUCGUGCCUCUGCAAAUAGGACUGCUUCGGCAUCAUCAAUUGAAUCUUUGAGCGACGACAUGGCUCCUUUGAGAGAUAUGUCUAGGGCGAAGCGAAAGACCAAAAAUACUCGCAGCAUUAAGAUUCGCCCAGGGACUCCAGAUCUUCCUGAUAGUACCGAUUUUGUUUGUGGAACACUUGAUGAAGAUCGUCCUCUCGAAGAUGCUUAUCUUUCUUGUAUGACAGCCAGGAAAUAUGCUAAACAUAUCGCUACUCCUCAAGAUAUCGAUCCAUCUUUCCCAACCUCGGAUCCUGAGGAUGAAGAAGAUGAAGUCGAUGAUGUUCCGAUGACUUUUGAGAGCGAAGAACAUGUUUGGAUGCAAGGAAAAUUCGAGGAUUCCGAUUCGGAACGUCGUCGUGCCAGAUCUCGUAGAUCUCCAGGUCAUUCCCCCAGAAGAUUACAUUCUCCUCCACCACCAAAACAACGUCUUCGUUCUCCACCUCCUAAGCAGCGUCUCCGAUCACCACCACCACCCAAAAAACGUCUUCAGUCACCACCCCCACCCAAGAAACGUCUUCAAUCACCACCACCUCGAAAGUUGUUUGGAAAUGAAUCUCCAAGACGUCUACGCUCUCCACCUCCAACACAAGCAAUACAUUCUCCUCCGGCUUCACCUUCCAUCAGUGGAAGCAAACCCAUCAGGUUUGCACCUUUAGGAUCUAGACCAGGUUUAACUCAUACCAAGUCUCUUCCUCGAACUCCAAAUGCUUUCUGUCGUCAAUAUACUGCAAAUCGUCUCGCAGCAGCAAACGAAAUUGCAGGUAGGGAUGAUGGUGAUGGACCAUUACGAGGAGCCAUCGACAUUGUCAAGGGCCUUGAACGGAAGCGACAAAGACGAAAGGAGAAAUUCUAUCAAAAGCAUUGCGCCAAUCGUGCACGUAGACCUCAAUCAGAGCGUAGACCACAGCCUGGGAAAGGUGCAGAACGUAUGCGCGAAUUGGGAUUACUUAUGGCUGGUAAGGCUGGCACAUAUAUGCUCUCUGCAUAA